UUCAAGUCAUAAUCUAUAUGGGAUUUCCAAAGUUAUUAAUAGAGGGUAAGCUGGAAGAAUUACAGACGAAUAUGCAAAAAAAACUGAAUUGUGUGAACCGAAAACUUAACAUUGCUAUUACAAGAAUUGCAAAUGCUUAUAAACAUCCUAAUAUUCUUGCAGAAUUUAUAGCCGGACAAUUAAAAAAUAGAGUUUCGUUUCGUAAAGCAAUGAAAAAAGCUAUUGAAUUAACUGAACAAGCAGGUACAAAAGGAGUGCAAGUACAAAUUGCGGGACGUAUCGAUGGAAAAGAAAUUGCACGUAUCGAAUGGAUCAGAGAAGGUAGGGUUCCUCUACAAACCAUUCGAGCUAAAAUUGAUUAUUGUUCCUAUACAGUUCGAACUAUUUAUGGGGCACUUGAGCCCGCUUGGAUCACGUCUAGACAAAUAGAAGCGGGACGGCGAGCAAUGUCACGAAAUGUCCGACGAGGUGGACAAAUAUGGGUACGCAUAUUUCCAGACAAACCAGUUACAGUAAGACCCACCGAAACGCGUAUGGGUUCGGGAAAAGGAUCUCCCGAAUAUUGGGUAUCUGUCGUUAAACCUGGGAAAAUACUUUAUGAGAUGGCUGAUAACAGCGGAGCCCGCGAAUUGAUGUGUAUUCGAAUCCUAGGAGCUAGUAAUCGACGAUAUGCUUAUAUUGGUGACAUUGUUGUUGCUGUAAUCAAGGAAGCAGUACCAAAUAUGACCUUAGAAAGAUCAGAAGUGAUCAGAGCUGUAAUUGUACGUACUUGUAAAGAACUCAAACGUAGCAACGGUAUACUAAUUCAGUAUGAUGAUAAUGCUGCAGUUGUCAUUGAUCAAGAAGGAAAUCCAAAAGGAACUCGAAUCUUUUGUGCAAUCGCACGGGAAUUGAGACAGUUAAAUUUCACUAAAAUAGUUUCAUUAGCACCCGAGGUAUUAUAAAAUUAUAAGGCAAAACCGUGAUAUGGAUAUAUUUGUUUUGUAAUGAAAAUGGAUUAAUUAAUAUAUUAUAUCUCACACAUAUCCCUUUUGUAGUAAUUAUUCUAAGUAUUAGAAAUAACAAUUAUUAUCUAUUUCAUAUUAAUAUUGGAUGAUCUAAAUGAAAUAUAUUGGAUGAUCUAAAUGAAAUAAUGAAAAAAAAAUAGAAAAACGAGCAUGUUGAUUAUAUUGAAAAUAAGGAGCAACAAUCAUUUUCGUUUAUCAUGAGUAAGGACACCAUCGCUGACAUAAUAACCUAUAUACGAAAUGCUGAUAUGAAUAGAAAAAAAAUGGUUCAAAUACCAUUUACUAACAUCACCGAAAACACUGUGAAAAUACUUUUACGAGAGGGUUUUGUUGAAAACGUCAGAAAACAUAGGGAAAGCGACAAAUAUUAUUUAGUUUUAACUCUACGGUAUAGAAUAAAUAAGAAAGGAUCAUAUAAAAGUUUUUUAAAUUUAAAACGGAUCAGUACACCUGGUCUGCGAAUAUAUUCUAAUUAUCAACGAAUCCCUAAAAUUUUAGGAGGCAUGGGGAUUGUAAUUCUUUCAACUUCUAGGGGUAUAAUGACAGAUCGAGAGGCUCGAUUAGAAAAAAUAGGCGGAGAAAUUUUAUGUUAUAUAUGGUAAUCUUUCUGAAAUACGAAUUAGAUGAGAAAUUUCUAUCCAUUUUUGUCAAAAAGAGAGAGAGAAAACACAGAUUUAGAAUAUCACCCACCCCUCAUAUACUAGUGAAUGUGCGAAGGGGGUUUAACUGAAACUGGAAUUGGAAAAAAAAAAAGAAAAAAUAAAAAGGAUUCAAGAGGAUUUAAUUCCUGAAUGAAUAAAUUCCCAGGGGUAUGUUUCAGAUUCCUUUAUAUAAUCAAAAUUGAAUUAUAAGCUAUGUUUUUCAAAAGAUUCGACGUACUUUUUAUAUGUUUAUAUGUAUACGCCCGUAGAAAAAAAAAAAGAAGCAUAAAAAAUUCAAUUUAAUUAGACUGUUUUUUAAUUUCAACAAUCUUUUUUUUUGGGGGGGGGGUACAAGUUCAAAAUGUAAGGAAACCUUAUUUUCUUCCAAUAAAUAGAUUUGGUAUUAACUUAUUAAGGAAUUACAAAUAUGAAAAUAGGGGCCUCCGUCCGUAAAAUUUGUGAAAAAUGUCGAUUAAUUCGCAGGCGAGGGCGAAUUCUAGUAAUUUGUUCCAAUCCAAAACAUAAACAAAGACAAGGAUAAUAUUUCCACAAA